UCACGUCCCUUAAAAUCACACGGAAAAAGAGCGCCUGUAGAAAAGUUUGUUAUCAUGAAGCUUGCAGUGCCUCAAAACUUCCAACACAUCCAACCCGUAAUACUAAACCUUCAUCAAACAUCCGUGUCCCGUCCUCCGCCACCAGUCUCCACCAGUUGUCGCCGUACCUUCUCUCUCAAAUCCCAGCAGACCCGAAUCCCUAAUCCUCAAACCACCCCCACCCAAUACGAAGACGACGGCAUCCCAAUCGAACAUGUAAAAACCUUAGUCAAAUUCAAAUCCCGACACAACUACAUUCGAGUCCUCGAAGUUUCAAGAAGAGCAGACCAUCCAUUGGCAGGUUCCAGACUCCUCUUACUCGAUGCCCCCGGCAACAUCCACAGCAUAUCUUACCUUUUCAAGUCAAUCACCAACACUUAUUUUGAUGUAUUCGCAACAUUGCCUCCUCUUCUGCCUCCUGGACCAUUGGGGAUUCUCGGGUUUGGGGCCGGAUCUGCCGCGAAAUUGAUCCUGGAAACUUACCCACAAAUCAUCAUCCAUGGAUGGGAACUCGACCCUUCUGUGAUUUCGGUCGCAAGAGAGUAUUUUGGACUUACUAAAAUGGAAGCAAAAUACCCAGAUCGGCUUUUCAUUCACAUUGGGAAUGCUCUGAAUGCGAGUAUCAAAGACGGGUUUUCAGGUAUCCUAAUAGAUUUAUUCAGUAAAGGCGUUGUGAUACCCGAGCUUCAGAAUCCACAAACAUGGUAUAAUUUGAGGAAGAAUUUGAAGAAAGGUGGGAGAAUAAUGGUAAAUGUGGGUGGGAAUUGUGUGGAGCCUGAGGAUAUUAGCAAAGAUGGGAGUGUAAUAAUGGAAGAGACAUUGAAGGCAAUGCACAAAGUUUUUCCUGAUGAACUCUUUGUGUUGAGUCUUGAAAGUAGAAAAGAUGACAGUUCUCUUGCUCUUACAGGUAAAUUUCCUGAUGAUAAUGAAUGGAAAAAGACAUUGAAAAAGCCUCUUAAUUUUUAUGUAAAUAUGUGGGCACCCUAUAAGGGAUCAUGUUGAUCAGGGUUGAUGUGGAUGUGGUUCUUAUGGAGGAUUGAAGUUGAAAUUAUUGGUCAUGUAUGCAUUUGAAGUGUUCGAUAAUAUUCCUGAUAGAGAAUCUGUUCUCUGUUUCGCAUGCCAAAGCCUGAAGGCUCAGAGCGUCCCAUCAUAUGUAGAUAUCCAUUUGAAGAUAAGUCGACGAAGUUACAAUUUUUUUAAUUUCAAGAAUAUUUAAUUUAGUACGGUUCUUCAUCUUUAGAUGACGAGCUUACAAUGUUUUGAACUUCAAGAAUUUUUUUAUUUAGUUCAAUUCUGUAUCAUCAGAUGAAUAGACGAAGUAACAAUGUUUUGAAUUUCAAGAAUGUUUGAUUUGUUGGACAUCAUUAAAA